AUGUCGGGCUCAUUAAUUGACGGAAUGGAUGACCAGCAGUUAGACCAGGCAACGAUAAAUGCACGUGAAAGCAUCAACCGUCAAAUUGCGGAAACAAUUCCACUAAUCGGCGAGAAAAUCCCUCUUGAGUCCCUUAUUCAAGACUUUUCCGACAGCGAAAUGUUCCAGCAACAAGUCAAGAUGCUGCUAGAGAGUUAUAGAAGCGUCAUCAAAAUACGCCCGGAUGGAAACUGUUUCUACCGUGCCUUCUCUUUCGCCCUGUUCGAGACGCUUGUGGGAAAUGCAUCCGGCCGAGAAGAGCUCAAAGCACAAUUCAAAAAGACACGCGAUUUCUUGAUAGAAAAGCAAAACUACCCGAGCGUCACUGUUGACGAUUUUUACGAGCAGAACGUCGACUUCAUCGACGGAAUCAGUGAUUAUAAAACGAGCGAGGAGUUGCGCGUCGCAAUGAGCGAUGAAGGUUUUGCCAAUUACAUCGUUUGUUUCUUACGACUAGUCGCAUCUGCAGAGCUGCAGCAGCAACCUGACUUUUACAUUAACUUCUUGCCCGAUGUUUCUUCCGUUCAAGACUUCUGCAGAAAGGAUGUGGAACCUCUUGGAAUCGACAUCGACCACGUCGUCAUCACUGCCUUAUCCACCGGUCUAAGCGUGCCCGUCCGGGUCGCCUGUCUUGAGCAGCGCGAAGGAAAGCCACAGAUUAUCGACUUCUUCAAUGAAAACGCAAGCAUUUCUCUUCUCUUUCGUCCAGGCCACUACGAUAUUCUGUACAACUAA